GGCUCCGUAUCAGUGUCUAGUUUGGCAACACGGAUACGCAUGGAGCCUCCAUCACCCCCUGUCUCUUUUACGCACCGAGUCCGAUAAUGCGCGCAGGUACAGGGACCCUAAUCGCCACAUUCCCAGCCGCUACACUGAACAAUUGAUCUCCUCUUAUGGACUAAUAUGAAAAAAGUAGAUGCAGAGGUCUGAGACAGCCAAAAAAGGAGGCAUAUUUCUUGUGGAUCAUUCUUGUUUUUCAUCCCCGAGCGUCAGCAUGGAUGUCUUAGCGAACCACAGUAUCUUUCAGGAACUUCAGCUUGUUCACGACACCGGCUACUUCUCUGCCAUGCCGUCGCUGGAGGAAAACUGGCAGCAGACCUGCCUGGAAUUGGAGCGCUAUCUGCAGACGGAGCCCAAGCGUCUGUCGGAGCUCUUUGACCAAGACCUGGAUGGCCUUCUAACCCCGGCCUACCUAAAGGAGGACGGCGAGGAAGAGCUGACAGACGUCCUGCUCCCCAGCCUGCCCAGCCUCCCUGAUCCCCCGAGCCCGCCUCCAGUUAUCCUCUGCCCAACACGGAAGAGUUUCCCCUCCACCGGGGGAAUGAAAAGAGACAUCAAACCUAAGGGGCUGGAAAACGUAGAAGGGAUGGAAGGGGUCCACCAGGCCCAGCUGAGCGCCGUCACCUCCCUGACGCCCCCAUCGUCGCCAGAACUGGGCCGGCACCUCGUCAAACCCAACCAGACACUGACGGCCUCGGCUGAUGGGACGCUUACCCUGAAACUGGUGGCCAGGAAGGUGGGGCUCAGUGCGGCUCGGCUGGUGGCGGCGCACGCACUCCCUGUCCGGAUGAAGGACGAAGAGGAGGGCGCGGCGUGUGUUAUCAGCGUGGGGGAGCUACCGGAGAACAAGAAGAGGAUCCACCGUUGUCAAUUCAACGGCUGCAGGAAGGUGUACACCAAGAGCUCCCACCUAAAGGCCCAUCAGAGGACACACACAGGUGAGAAGCCGUACAAGUGCUCGUGGGAGGGCUGCGAGUGGCGAUUCGCCCGGAGCGACGAGCUGACGAGGCACUACCGCAAACACACCGGCGCCAAGCCUUUUAAGUGCAACCACUGUGACAGGUGUUUCUCACGGUCGGAUCACUUGGCGCUACACAUGAAGAGGCACAUCUGAGGAUUUUGAGAGAGGUCAGCGGGAGUGGAAGAGAGGCGAAGAGGGUGGAGGCGGAGUGGAAGAAGGAGAUGGAGCAUCAUCUGCAGAAAAAUGACACCGCGGUUGUUAGAGAGAGCUAGCGGGAUGGACUCCGAAAAACACCAGAUUUGGCCAUUCUCUACUGGAGGGUGGGGCAUCGCAUAAGGACGCUGACAACAGACAGAAACACAGACAGGCAGACAGACAGAUGGAUCCCAAGUGGCUCUGUCAAUCUGCGCUCAACCAGUUGGUCCAUGAUUCCACAGUGACACGUCGUCAACUCACAAAUGUCUCCCAAUGUUGUCGCAUGGACGUCACAGACGCUCCAUCCCACCCUUCGUAUGUGUCCCAGAGGGGAUGUCACACACUGAAUGGUGGACCACGUGCCUGCAGUUGGCAGCUCUUUGUUGUAGUCAUCCUUGCAGUCUUUGCAACCGUCCCUCGAUGAAACGCUUCCAAAAUGUCAGCCCUGUUCACGCAGCAGUGCGCCACGUACCAGCGAGCUCACCAACGCCAAACUGGACCAGUUGUACAGUAAUUUCAGUGCGCUAACAGCAGAACCCGCUGUUUGUAUAUUCAAGAUUUCCUCUUCUUAGAAUGAACCUUGCGCUGAGGAGGACAGUUGUUUUCCAGCAGUAGCCAAACAGCAUCAUCUCACAGGGUAAGCAAGCAAGAAAGCUUGCUUUCUCUCCUUCAAACCUGCCACAGCCUUUACAAAUCGCCAAAGGGUUUAUUAUCUUAAACAGUAUAUAGGACAGAUAAUAAUUUGUCAGUUUUUCAUCUGACCUCUGUCACAUCUGCCAACUGGAUCCAUUUAUAAAUCCUUCCGGUUCGAUGGAGUCGGAGCACUUGUUUGAACGGAGCGUUAGAUUGGAUUUGUCAAAGACUUGAGGAUGGGAGUGUGUUGCACUGAUGUGCUGUAAAGACUGAUUGAGGUCAUCGAGAGGACUGGCUUGCUUUAUGAACAUCAUUCAUUGAGGGUUACUUCUGGAUGAGGCUAACUAAUCUACUCUGGGAAAGACUGUUUCAUCUCCUACAAUGUCAACUAAAAGCGAGCGAGAGAUGCUUGAUGGCUCCUAAGAGUGUUUUUUUUUUUUUUUUCUUUUUCCUCACCAGGAUCAUGGCUCUUAUGAGUCGUUGUCAGGAACUGUCGCACAAUUGAAACUUUGCAAAGAUUUUGUAAAAAGAAAAAUGCCCCAAUGUCUUGAACUGGGAGACAAUUCGGGACUCACCAAACGCUGGCUCCCGCACGCCGUCGAGGUGCGGACAGCCACGUGCACAAGUUGAAGCAGCUAGCCGACUGCAUUAGCACACCGAAAGCAAACAAAAUCACGAUGUAUGAUAGUGGCUAUAUUGUUUCCCAGAAAAGAUUCUCCUAUGUGUUCUAAACAGACAAUUGAAAAGACCGUUUUGAAGAACACAGUGGAAAGGGAUGCAGCCAAAAAAACAAAGUGUCUACUGUAGAUGCCUGAAAUGAUCUCUUUGGCCUUUUGAGAGUGAUGGGCACCUAACUAGCAACAGGAGGGGGUUUGUCCUUUUCACAACACCCAUACAGAAUACUACCAGAGAAAAGCAGCAUUCAACAGUUCUCCUAAUCAGGCCCUAUGCAUAUCCAAGAACAUUCCUGCUGACUUCCUGACCAUUUAUGCAUGUCUGAAUACAGACGGCUGGACACAGAAGAACUUGUAGGAAGACAAAACUUCAAUCAAUUGGGUGGCUCUUCUAAGAGAAAAUCAAUAUGAAUGUAUCUGUUGUAAGUCUGUACAUGUUGCUAGGCCCAUGAAAACACUUGGUUGGUAAGAUCAUACCAGACACCAAUUGUGUUUAUACGGUAGUUUCUCUUUUUUGCAUUAGAAAUUAAUGGUCGGACUUGGAAUAACUAGCCAGCCACGGCUGGUAGCUUUUAGCAUUUGAUUGGUCGUGCUGGACCAGCAGUGGGUCACAAGUGCAGAUUUCCAGUGGGUGGCUGGAACGGGUUAGGGGAGAAACCGAUCUGCUCAGUCAGUGAAUGAUAACCGUCCCAUCAGCUCAUGAAACUGCAGAGGAGUGAAACCCCCCCACACACGAAAACUGGAAUUACCAUUUGCCCUUGGUGAUCUGACUCCUGUCUGACAGACGCAUAAAAUCUAUCUUUUUGGGGAGGGGUUUAAUCCGCAGAUAGAAAUGGAUUUUAGAUGAUCAUUGACUCAACUCAAGCGCACAACAAAUCAAACAGGCAGCUUGGACAAAGUAGAUGGUCAGGAUUCUCACCAACGUGAUUGGGAACUAUGUCAAAGUGUUGAUUCUUUAUUUUACAAGACUUUUAAUGCCUUGAGGCAGUGUGAGGUAAACAGCAAUCUGUUUUUUGGCAAGAGAGGCAGCACAUUGAUUUCACUCCCUAUAUCGAAGGUGCAUUUCAAUUUUGGGUGUGAACACAGCGCAGCUCAAUCAUAUCUUGACAAGAUCUGUCUGUGGCUCCUGCUUCACAUAAAUAUUGAACUAACCAGGCUCAAUUUUGUAUUUAACAUCUAGGUGACAGACGUCAUUUGCAAAGAGAGAAGGGAGUGACCACAAUAUAAACCGACUGAUAAAAGUUUUAACUGCUGGUUUAUUUUUUAAGGAGACCAAGUAUAGUCACUGGCCAUCCUGGUUGCAGCUAUAUCAUCAGUGCUACUAUUCUUUGUGAUUGCUGGCGAAAAGUCAUAGAUACUGAUUGGAAAAUUUAGAUUUGGCUUGUAGAUGAUGUCAAAAAAAAAAAAAAAUCCAGUUGAGAUGGGAAUGUCCGAGUAGGUUAGCGGGCUUGUGGUUUUCCUGCUGAGCCGGCAGAUAAAAUGAAGAAUAGCAGUUUAACCAAUGGGUUAAAAUUGUAUCAUCAAUGGCAGCUCUACUCGUGUGUUUCAGUAUUUCAACAGGGCGCUCUCCUGUUGAAAUGAGUGGUUGUGGAAUGUGUGGGAAUGUGAAGCUCCGGAGUGUUUAUGUUUAUGACAGCUGAGGAUUUUUUUGGACUGAAACGCCGAAUGUGUUGUUUGUGGGACUUUAAGGAGCCAAGACACGGAAAUAUUCGAAAUUGCGGGAAAAUUCAAAAAAAAGAAAAAAAAUUCAAAGAUCAAAAGACUGGGAUUUCAAAUGUGAAUGUGUUUUCUGGAAAGGUUGUUUCAUGUUGUCUCGGAGGAUGCGGUUAAGUUCUGUGUCAUCUUAAUGAAUGAUUGUCAAUUCUGCUGUGCCUGUGUGUUCUUCGUCUGUUUGUAUUUGCACUCUGAAUUUUUUGGGGAAAAAAAAAUCACUUGCUUAUCUGAUGUUUUCUGUCUUGCUUGUACACUACACUUUCACAGUACAACCUUGGGUGAUGAAACACUGAUCACAAAGUCUGUAUAGUAGCUGUUUUCUUUUUAGCACAAAUGUACACGCUACAUUGAUUUGCACACAAACGACAUGCACGCACUCCCUGAACACACAGAUUCAUACAAAAACAUACACACAUACAUGCACAAACACAUCCCGAAUCACACGCAAACACCUGAACGUGCUUUCAAAUACACACACACACACACACUCUCUCUCUCUCCGCUCUCCCUGUGCGUAUUUUCACCGUUUUUCAAGCCACCUCGUGAGAGUCAGAGAUCCAGAUGCAGGAUUUUGCUCUCAGCAGAGGGAGGAAACGCACAUUACUAUGUGCGACACCACCUCUGUUUCCACUAGGUCUGAAUUUCAAAUCAAACGAACCCCCUUUUUCUACCAGCAUUCCCUCAUCGCCACCCCCGCCCCCCUCCCCCCUCUUCCAUUUUCUCAGAUAUGAUCCCUUUCAACUUCUCUCCUCUGUCCGACUCCCUCUUCCCCUCCAAAUCCCUUCCUUGCUUCCCUCCUCCACCAUUUUUCCUCCGUUGUCUUUCUCCUUUUCUUUUGCUGUAUAAAGUGUUUCAAAUUUAUCAUUUGUAUAUGAUGUAUGGGUACGAUAAUGUUCUUUAUUAUGGAAAAAUGAGAAAGAUUUAUUUUUGUUACCGGUUUGUUUCAUAAUUCCUUUUUUAAAUUGGUAUUGUAAUAUCUCUAUGCAAGGAACUGUUCGGUGAAUCGUUUUUAUUUAAGAAUGUAAUUAUGUGUAAUAAAUGGUAGAAGCAG